AUGUUUUCCUUAUUCUAUGGACUUUGGAAGUAUAUAUUCAGUAAGACAGAGUUUCAUGUUCUUAUUCUCGGGAUCGACAAGGCUGGCAAAACAACAUUCCUGGAGAAACUGAAGUCACAAUAUUCAAACUCAGAAGGCCUGCCUCCAGAUCGGAUUAUUCCAACUGUGGGACUUAACAUUGGUCGUGUUGAAGUGUCAAAUACAAAGCUUGUCUUUUGGGAUCUGGGAGGACAGCUUGGUCUUCGCUCAAUUUGGGAGAAAUAUUAUGAAGAGGCACAUGCUGUAGUCUAUGUUGUUGAUGCUGCUUGCCCAUUGCGCUUUGAAGAUUCAAAAUCCGCACUUGAAAAAGUUCUUCGGCAUGAGGAUCUUCAAGGAGCCCCUCUUUUGAUAUUAGCCAACAAGCAGGUGAUUAAGCUGUUCUUGCCUCUUUGGCUUAGCCCCAAGGGAGAGAGGAACUGAGGUCUUGUUUCGAGAGGAAAUGCAAACAUUUUGGUUGUUCAAACUUCUGAUUUAAUUUUAGGAGAUAUCAUCCUUGUCUGUGUAAUAUUGUAGGGAUAUAUAUCCAACUUUUGCUCUCUUUUGGAUAUGUUAUUUUUGAUCAGAAACUUCUGUGCCAGGAUCUUGCUGAUUCCGUAUCAGUGGAAGAACUUGCUCGCUAUCUUGAUCUAAAAAAGUUGGAUGAAAGGGCUUACACUUUUGAAGCUGUUUCAGGCUAUGAUGGGAUGGGGAUUAAAGAGAGUGUAGAGUGGCUAGUAGAUGUUAUGGAGCGAAGUAAGAGAACUGAAAUGUUGAGAGUUCGUGCUGGCAUAACAAAUCCUGGUUCGGUUUAGAAGAGACUAUACCUAUUUUAUAUUUCAUUUUGUCACUCUUGCAACUUCUGUAAGUAAUUCAGGGUUCAACCAGAAUCCUGCAUGAUUGGAACUUGAUCAAUUGAUUACACCUUGAGGCCAAAUAGUGGUUUUCUGUUUGUGUUACUUGAGUGAAAUUGAUGUGAUCACAAUUUCCAAAAAGAGAAUUUGUGAUUCUUGUCUUAUGAGUUGUAAUACAAUGGAACAAGUGAAAAGACAUCUUUGUGAUUUUAAAUUAAAAGAUUUUGCUUC